ACGACAGCGCAUGCGCGGGGAGGGCACGUGUAUCAGUUGGGCGCCAGCGUUCCAUCGAAGGAAGUGCUGAUGUUUCAGGGCUGACGUUUGCGUCUCAUUACCUGUGUUUAUUAGAUUGAAAGCAAUUAAAGAUUGAAGACCUGCAAAGAUGUCCAAAAUUGAGAAAAUGAGCAUUCUGGGUGUGAGGAGUUUUGGGAUAGAUGACAAGAAUAAACAAAUUAUCACCUUCAAUACUCCAUUGACCGUUCUGGUGGGACCGAAUGGUGCAGGUAAAACGACUAUAAUUGAGUGCUUAAAGUACAUUUGUACAGGUGACUUUCCUCCUGGAACCAAAGGACAAACAUUUGUGCAUGAUCCAAAGGUUGCCAAUGAAACUGAUGUGCGGGCCCAAAUCCGUCUCCAGUUUCGAGAUGUGAAUGGCGGAAUGGUGGCUGUGCAGAGGUCAAUGCUUUGCACUCAGAAGGGAAAAAAGACUGAAUUCAAAACCUUGGAAGGGGUGAUUACACGAAUGAAGCAUGGCGAGAAGGUCAGUUUGAGUUCAAAAUGUGCAGAGAUGGAUCGUGAGAUGAUCAGUGCCCUGGGUGUUUCGAAAGCCGUGUUAAAUAACGUCAUAUUCUGUCAUCAAGAGGAUUCAAAUUGGCCUCUGAGUGAAGGGAAAGCUCUGAAGCAGAAAUUUGAUGAGAUUUUCUCAGCAACGAGGUACAUUAAGGCUCUAGAUUCACUUCGUCAGGUCCGCCUGAAGCAGUCGCAGAAUGUCCGAGAGUACCAGGUGGAGCUCAAGUACCUGAAGCAAAACAAGGAAAAGGCCCAAGAAAUCCAGCAGCAGCUGACUGAGAAAGAGACACAGCUGGCUGUUUCAAAGGAAAAUGUCCGAUCCAUUGAAAACCAGAUUGCUCCCAUAGAGGAUCGUUUGUCAGAAAUUGACAAGAACCUGGGUAAAGUGAUGAAGCUGGACAUGGACAUCAAAUCUCUUGAAAGCAGGAAAAAGCAAAUGGAGGAGGACAAUCGGGAUCUGGAAGAGAAAAUGGAGCAGGUCUUCCAAGGGACGGACGAGCAACUUCGGGACAAGUAUAACAAUCACCAGAGAGACGUGAAUGAGAAAGAGAGGCUGCUAAAUGAUCGCCAACGUGAGGUUGAACGUGUGAAUCAACGUUACCAGAAACUCAACAGGCAGAAGUCAGAAAUGCUAAUUGAGCAAGGACGACUUCAGGUCGAAGCAGACCGUCAGCAGGAAAGCAUCAGGAGACGAGACUCUCUGGUCCACUCCCUGGCCAGGCAUCUGGAGUUGGAUGGCUAUGAGCGAGCACCUUUCAGUGAUCGCCAGUUUGAUAGUUUCCGUCAGCAGCUGAAUGUGAGGUUGGAACAAGAGAAGGAAGCAGCCAAUCAAUUACUGAGAGAAUACACUGAUAACGAAGCAGCAAAACAAAGGCAGGUUGACGAUCUUAGAGAUAAGAAGACAGGAUUAGAGCGAACAAUCGAACUGAAGACGGACAUUCAGAGCAAGAGGCAAGCUGAGCUGACGAAUAUUAAAGUGGGUCUGCAGCAACUGGAGGGGUCUUCAGACAGACUGCAGGAACUCGAGCAAGAGUUGAACAAAGCGGAGCGGGAUCUGGACCAUGCUGUGGCCAGCAGCAACGUGGCAGGCCUGAAUACUGAAGUGGCAGAUCUACGGAAAGAGAAGGAAAAUCUGGACAGGUCCUUGCGGAAACUGGAUCAAGAAAUGGAGACAAUAAACACACACACCACAACUAGGACUCAGCUAGAAAUGCUGCAAAAAGACAAGGCUGACAAGGAGGAACAGAUCAGGAAGAUAAAGUCAAGACACAAUGAGGAACUGACAACACUGUUGGGCUAUUUCCCCAACAAGAAGCAGCUGGACGACUGGCUCCAUGCAAAGGAUCACGAGGUCAACAAAACUCGGGAAAAGUUAUUUAAGUUGAAUAAAGAAUUGGCUUCAGCCGACCAAAACAAGAAUCACAUUACUUCUGACCUGCGAACAAAAGAUCAACAGCUCACUACCUACGAAGACAAGCUCUUUGAUGUGUGUGGAGAGCAGGACUUUGAAAGCAACUUGUAUAAACUUCAGGAUGAUAUUGAAAAGACAUCGAAGCAAAGAGCCAUGCUUUCCGGAGCGACGGCCGUGUACAGUCAGUUCAUUAGCCAGCUGACUGAGGACAACGAGCCCUGCUGCCCAGUGUGCCAGCGCGACUUUCCCUCUGAGGCUGAUUUGAAGGACAUUAUCGACGACCUGCAGUCCAAACUUCGCCUCAUUCCCGACAAAUUGAAGACGACGGAACUGGAUCUGAAGAAGAAAGCAAGUCGGCGAGAUGACAUGAUGGGACUUAAACCAAUCAGAGAAAUUGUGGUUGAACUUAAAGAAAAGGAUUUGCCUGAAUUGCGAAAUAAACUGCAGAGCAUCAAUCGUGAUAUUCAACGCCUGAAAAGCGAUAAGGAUGAUGUGGAGACGCAGCUCGCUUCCUUCAUAUCACAGGAGCGCUCAGCAAAGUCAUGUCUACCAGACAUAUCACACAUGGAGCGAUGCCAGACAGACCUGCGAGAUGUUGAACGCAAAAUUGCCCAGCAGGUUGCCAAGCUCCAUGGGGUAAACAUGAACCGAACAAUGCAGCAGGUUAAUCUGGAGAAGCAAGAAAUGUCGCUCCAAGCAGAUACGGUUUCCAAUAAAAUGGAACUGAAGAGGAAAAUGAUUCAAGAUCAGCAGGAACAGAUCCAGUUACUGAAGAGCAUCGUCAAUGAGAUCCGAGCUGAGAAACUCCAAAUCGCCAGCAAUAUGCAGCGACGCCAACAGCUGGAAGAGCAGAUUGUGGAAUAUUCCACUGAGAUUCAGUCCCUACAAAGAGAUUUGCAAGAAUUUAGGGAACAGUUAUCGCCAAUAGCUGCAACUCUAGGUAAACUACGACAAGAAAAACAGGAGUUGAUGGAGAGAAAAAAUAUCAGAUACAAUGAGAUGCAGAAUAAGAUAAAUGAAGUCAAAGAAAAAGCGAAAAAUAUUGAUGCUUAUGCAAGAGAAAUUGAAAAAUACAUCAAGGAAAGAAAAGAUGAACAUAAAGAGCGAAAAGAGUCUGAGCUUCAAGAUACCACCACUCAACUAAAUGAAGCUGAGAAACAGCGGGAGAAGAUGCACAAAGAAAUGGAGGGGAUGCGAAAGGACAUCGAUACUCAAAAACUUGAAGAGCGGUGGCUGCAAGAUAAUUUGACAUUACGUAAGAGGAUGGAAGAAUUGGAAAUUGUAGAGACCAAGAGGAAGGAGCAUCUGAAAGAAAUGGGAAAGAUGGGAGUGAUUCAGCUCCGGAGUGAGCGCCAAAAGCUGGAAGAACAACUUGACAAUUUCAAAAAGAAUCGCAAUCUGGCCCAAGGGAGGCAGAAAGGGUUUGAAGAGGAAAUUCUUCACUGCAGAAAGGAGUUGAGAGAAGCCCAGUAUAGAGAUGCUGAGGAAAAGUACAGAGAAAAGAUGAUCAUCAUACGGACAACGGAAUUAGCUAACAAGGACCUCGAUAUUUACUACAAGGCACUGGACCAAGCCAUCAUGAGAUUCCACAGCAUGAAGAUGCAAGAAAUUAACAAAAUCAUCCAAGACCUGUGGAGGAACACCUACAGAGGCCAAGAUAUCGAAUACAUUGAGAUCCGUUCUGACGCGGAUGAAAACGUAUCUGCCGGUGACAAAAGGAGAAAUUACAACUACCGUGUGGUAAUGGUGAAGGGAGAUACAGCACUGGACAUGAGAGGAAGAUACAGUGCCGGACAGAAGGUUCUUGCCUCGCUCAUUAUCCGCUUGGCAUUGGCAGAGACCUUUUGCCUGAACUGUGGAAUUCUUGCGCUGGACGAGCCAACCACAAACUUAGACCGGGAAAACAUCGAAUCUCUGGCCCAUGCUCUGGUGGAGUUAAUAAAGAGCCGCUCAAAUCAAACCAACUUUCAGCUUCUGGUGAUCACGCACGAUGAGGAUUUUGUGGAGCUCAUGAGUCGUUCCCAGUAUGUCGAACACUUCUACCGAGUCCGGAAGAACAUGGACCAAUGUUCAGAAAUCAUUAGAUGCGACGUCAGCUCUCUGAACACCCAUGUCUAGUGAAAAUGUUUGUCAUGUAUAUCAGUUUUCUUAUCUCAGUAACAUUUCGGACUGAGCUAUAACUAGAAAUAUUUUACAAAUUGGUCGCAAUUCCUUCUGCAUGGCAAGACGAUUUGUUUUGUACUUUGUUUUGCUGAUAUAAGAUCUGAAUCUCCUGCUUUGUGGGAUAUCAGUAUUUAAGCUGUGGCAAAAAUUAAACCAACUUGUUUCUUCUUCAACAAUCUCCACUCACAUUUGUGCAACUUUGAAGUUGGUCUAGAUUGUGAAUUUCAUUGGAAUUCAGGAAAGUAAAAUUGACAGGAAAGUAAUAAGAUAAACUGAUCUCAUCUGUGUACAUGAUCCAUAUGCCUCUAUUCCUUGCACUUCCAUGUGCCUAUCUAAAAGCCUCUUGGUACAGCACAGAAACAGGCCCUUCGACCCACCACAUUUGUGCCAAAUGUAAAAACCAAGUAAAAUAAUAGUCUUCAAUGUCUUAUUCCUAGAAAGUUAAGCUGUGCAUGGACUGCCCAGAUUGGCAGUUCCUCAAAAUAAAUGUUAAUUUUGAAUAA